AUGUUACUGGAUGCUGGUCACCAGUUCCCCGGACUGGGAGUGGGCUCAUUUGCUAGACAUCACUCAGCGAGCGAGAUGCAGGAGAGAGACUUGAGUUUGGCACAAAAUAGCUUUGUAGACUCCGCACACAUGGGUGCGUUUAAGCUGAACCAUGAUCUCUCUCCGGGACAGAGCUCUGCCUUCACCACCCAGGCGCCGGGCUACCCCGCUGCGGCUCUGGGGGCUCACGCCGCCCAUGUCACAUCGUAUGCAAGCUCUCCUUUCAACUCCACCAGGGACUUUCUCUUUCGUAGUCGUGGCUUCGGAGAAUCCUCUCCGGCGAGCAGCCAACAUACUAUUUUUGGCCCCACGGCGGGAUCCCUUCAUCACUCCCACACAGACACUCAGGGCCACAUUCUGUUCCCCGGGAUCCACGACCAACAUGGGUCCCACGGAUCCCCGAAUGUCCUUAACGGACAAAUGAGGCUCGGCCUACCCGGAGAAGUUUUCGGACGCUCCGACCAGUACCACCAGGUUUCCAGCCCGAGGACCGACCCGUACUCGGCCGCGCAGCUCCACAACCAGUACGGCUCCAUGAAUAUGAACAUGGGGAUGAACAUGGCAGCCCAUCACCACCCCGGUGCCUUUUUCCGCUACAUGAGGCAGCAGUGCAUCAAACAGGAGCUCAUCUGCAAGUGGAUCGACCCCGAGCAGCUCAGCAACCCAAAAAAGUGUUGCAACAAAACUUUUAGCACCAUGCAUGAGUUGGUCACACACGUCUCGGUAGAGCAUGUCGGUGGACCGGAGCAGACCAACCACGUCUGUUUCUGGGAGGAUUGCUCCCGGGAGAGCAAACCGUUCAAGGCGAAAUACAAACUGGUUAACCACAUUCGGGUGCACACCGGGGAGAAGCCUUUUCCAUGUCCCUUCCCCGGCUGUGGAAAGGUCUUCGCACGGUCGGAAAACUUGAAGAUACACAAGAGAACACAUACAGGAGAGAAGCCGUUCCAGUGUGAGUUUGAAGGUUGCGACAGAAGGUUUGCAAACAGCAGCGACCGAAAGAAACACAUGCAUGUUCACACGUCGGACAAGCCUUAUCUCUGCAAAAUGUGUGACAAGUCCUAUACACAUCCCAGCUCCCUAAGAAAACACAUGAAGGUCCACGAAUCCUCUCCAUCAGCCUCAGACUCAUCACCAGCAGCCAGCUCUGGGUAUGAAUCUUCCACACCUCCAGGUCUGGUGUCUCCCACCACUGAGACCCAAAGCAACACUACCCUGUCCCCAGCCUCAGCUGUCCACAACACCACCAGUCACAGUGGCCUAUCCUCCAAUUUCAGUGAAUGGUAUGUUUAGGACUAAGAUGAAAUGAAGCAACACACACUCAUUUCACAGCACUGGAACAUCCAGCAGGAGAUUGGGACACGUGCACACAAGAGGCACACAAACAUUUGUUUAUUUUUUAUUUUGCUAUUUUUGAUUCACCAGGGAAGAUGACGAUUACCAACAGAGGAAAAUAUGUAUAAUAGUCGAGGUGUAUUUCAUAUUGUAAAUAAUUACUAAAAGCCCACUUUCCCAUUGGUUGUGAUAGUUUGUCAGUCUUUGGUGUAUAGAUGUUCCUUCAAUGGUAGCUAUUUCUCUAACUGGACUUUUAGUGCACAUAUUACGCUAAAAUUGUACUAUAAUGUUGAAUAUUGUGAUCUUAAGGCAAAUUGAUUGUACUAUACUAAACACCUAUAAACUGGAAAGAGUGCCAAAGUUAACAUUUAACUCAAACAGACCACAAUAUUAUGCUUGUGAAUGUAUAUUUUAGUUUGCUGGGCUUAACUUGUGAUGUUUUGUGCUUUGCAAGUUUGAAUUGUGAAAUACUAUCUGGAAGAUUGUGAGGAAAAUAAACGUUGUGCCGUUCGAUUUUCUGUAACUACACCCAUC